GAGGCUGCCUGUGGAUAAUUCGAUCCCCCUGGGACUCGGGUCUGGCCGCACCGCGGCUCCGCGGAUUGGCUGCUCCGCUCGCCCCCGCCCUCCGCACCCGUCCCAGGUGGCGCAGGCCUGCGCUGAGCUGUUUACCGGGAAGCCGGUUCAACUUAGGCUCCAUCUCUGCACUCACUGACCUUUGGGGCUGCGCUCGCCAAAGCGGGGAGAAAACGCGGUGGAGCCCCGCCCCGCCCCCCACCGCCCAAAGAGGUCCGGCGGUGAUGACCCCCAAGACAGCCGGAGUCCCGGACGGGGGCUGGGGCUGGGUGGUGGCGGCCGCGGCCUUCGCGGUGAACGGGCUCUCCUACGGGGUCCUGCGCUCCCUGGGCCUGGCCCUCCCGGACCUCGCGGAACACUUUGACCGCAGCGCCCAGGACACUGCGUGGGUCAGCGCCCUGGCCUUGGCCAUGCAGCAGGCAGCCAGCCCGGUGGGCAGCGCCCUGAGCACGCGCUGGGGCGCGCGCCCGGUGGUGAUGGCUGGGGGCGUCCUAACUUCCCUGGGCUUUGUCCUCUCGGCUUUCGCCCGAAGCCUGCUGCACCUGUACCUCGGCCUGGGCCUUCUCGCCGGCUCCGGCUGGGCCCUGGCCUUCGCCCCUGCCCUCGGCACCCUCUCCCGUUACUUCUCCCGCCGUCGGGUUUUGGCGGUGGGGCUGGCACUCACCGGCAACGGGGCCUCCUCGCUGCUCCUGGCGCCCGCCUUGCAGCUGCUCCUCGACACUUUCGGCUGGCGGGGCGCCCUGCUGCUGCUGGGCGCCGUCACCUUUCACCUCACCCCCUGCGGCGCCUUGCUGCGGCCCCUGGCCCUCCCCGGCGACCCCCCGGCCCCGCCUCGUGGCCCUCUGGCUGCUCUUGGCCUGGGGCUUUUCAGGCGCCGGGCCUUUUCCAUCUUCGCUCUGGGCACGGCCCUGAUCGGGGGCGGCUACUUCAUCCCCUACGUGCACUUGGCGCCCCACGCUUUAGAUCGGGGCCUGGGAGGAUAUGGGGCAGCGCUGGUGGUGGCCGUGGCUGCCGUCGGGGAUUCGGGCGCCCGGCUGGUCUGCGGGUGGCUGGCAGACCAGGGCUGGGUGCCCCUACCACGGCUGCUGGCUGUGUUCGGGGCUCUGACAGGGCUGGGGCUGCUGGCAGUGGGACUAGUGCCCGCGGUGGGGAGCCCCGACAGUUGGGGAGCCCCCCUGCUGGUCGCAGCAGGGGCCUACGGGCUAAGUGCAGGGAGUUACGCCCCGCUGGUGUUCGGUGUGCUGCCCGGGCUGGUGGGCAUCGGAGGUGUGGUGCAGGCCACAGGGCUGGUGAUGAUGCUGAUGAGCCUGGGGGGACUCCUGGGCCCUCCCCUGUCAGGCUUCCUGAGGGAUGAGACGGGAGACUUCACAGCCUCUUUCCUGAUGUGCAGCGCUUUCGUCCUGUCUGGCAGCUUCAUCUACAUGGGGCUCCCCAAGGCGCUUCCCUCCUGCCGGCCAGCCUCACCUCUACCUCCCCCUCCGCCCGAGAUGGGGGAGUUGCUCCCUGUCCCCAAGGUUGUUCUGCUCCCCCCAGGAGGCCCUCACUCCACUGUGGACGCUGCUUGUUGACCGUGGUCUCAUUUGAGCCCCUCUCCAAAUAAAGCAUUUUUAUCUGAA